UAUCGCCCGCGCGCCUCAGUCAGUGUCCAACCGCGAUCCACGACACCUGUCGCGUUCAGCGUCACGCCCGACGUUCUCGCGCUGUACUGCGCUGCGGCAGUGCCAGUGUUCUCAUAAGAUGUUUGCGUUCAACGCAGUGUAUCCUGUUUGUGUUUCUAUUGUAAUCAGUGCCUAAAAGUGGAUUCCAGUGGACUAUACCGGCCCGUGGAGCACGCGCAGAGGCUCGAACGCUCCCAGGCCAUGUAUGUCAUAAAUUUAGGAAAACUACUUGCUCCAAGUUGUGACGUGACCAAUGAAAAUAAAGAAAAAACUUGACCCUUGCUGCACACUUAUCGUGAUAGCAAUAAACUUUUGUGUCUCGUUUGAAGAAAAGGCCGCGGUGAAGUUUGUUCCAUCGCUUCUUCUUCACUCGCACUUUAGAUGGCCCACGAGGGCCCCGGCGGCGCGGAGGGCUCCCCGCACCACACGCCGUCCCCCCCGCACCUGUCACUGCCCUUGGCAGACAACAGCUUCCACCAACACAUCAUCGAGAAUCAGAGCCCAAGAACGAACCAUAUCGCGGAGAGAGCGAAACAAUCGUUAGAAAAUAGUUUCCUGCUGCAAUUGAAGAAGCAACAACAGCUGCAACAAGAGAUCCUGCUGCAGCACUUCCAGCAGCAGCAGCAGGAGCUGGCUCAGCGCCACGAGCACCAACUCAUGCAGCAUUUCAAGACGUUCACAUUUCAGAUGUGGGAGCAACAGAAGGCGGAGGCGGCGCUGAGGGAGGCGAGGGAAGCGAGGGAAGCGCGGGAGGCGAGGGAGAGGCAUGAGAGGGACAGAGUCGAGCUGAUGAGGAAGAAGGACAAGUUGGAACCCAGUGCCAACGCCUCCACGCAGGUCAAGCAGAAGCUGCAGGAGUUUCUGAAAAAGAAGGCGGCGGCCAACGCUAAUGGAACAGUACCUGGAUCUCCUUAUAAUAGAAAUUGGGGCAUAGUGAAGUCGCCGUCGGGCGAGUCCAUCAGCUCGUCGGGCUCGGCCACGGCGCACCCGUACCGCCUGGCCGGCCCGCUGCCGCUGGCGCUCGCCGCCCCCGCACCCGCCCCCGCCCCCGCCUCCGACUACCCGCUCAGGAAGACAGCGUCGGAGCCGAACAUGCUGAAGGUGCGACUGAAGGCGCGCGUCAUCGAGCGCCGCGCCUCGCCGUUGGCGCGCCGCCCGCCCAAGCCCAGGGUCAAACAUCGCAAUUGCGAAGGAAGUUCUCCAAGAGGGUCUCCGCCGGGAGGCGCGGGCCCGGCCUCCAUCCGAGAAGAAGACGAACCGCGCGCGCCCGAGCUGCUGUUUUAUUCGCCAUCCAUGCCCAACAUCAGUCUUGGGCGCCCACAUGCGGCGCGACCCGCGCUCCCCCACCCGCCGCACCCGCCGCACCCGCCGCCCGCGCCCGCGCUGCCGCCGGUCUCAGAGGCCGAGGCUCCGCACACAUUAACAGGGAAGCUGUCCAAGCGACCGCUCGGCCGCACGUACUCCGCGCCCCUCCCCCUCGGAGACCCCGCGCUGCAGCCCCCCACCGCUCAUCAUUAUCUGCGCGACCAGAUCCGAAAGACGGUCCUAACGCGAGCGCACGACGCGGCCGCGGCUCAACUUCGUGAGGAGGAAGGCGAGGUUAUCGACCUUACGGCCCGGCGCGCUCCCCCUCCCGCCGUCCCCGCCCCGCCGGCCCCCGCCCCGCCGCCGGUGGAGCCCGCGCCCCUGGCUAGGGCUCUGUCCUCGCCGCUGGUGGGCGCUAGGACGCCGCCCACGGGAUUGGCGUAUGACGCGCUCAUGUUGAAACACGGCUGCUCGUGCGGCGCGCACGCGCCCACGCACCCGGAGCACGGCGGGCGGCUGCAGUCGGUGUGGGCGCGGCUGGCGGAGACUGGGCUGGCCGCGCGCACGGAGCGCGUGCGCACGCGCAAGGCCACGCUGGAGGAGCUGCAGGCCGUGCACUCGGAGGCGCACGUGGCCGUGUUCGCGGGUCGUCGCCAGGGUGGCGCGGGUCUGGAGCAGCGACAGCUGGUGCGGCUGCCAUGCGGCGGGCUGGGCGUGGACUCGGACACAGCGUGGAGCGAGGCGCACACAGCUAGCGCCGCGCGCGCGGCCUGCGGUGCUGUGCUGGACCUCGCCGCGCGCGUCGCCGCCGGAGACCUGCGCAACGGAUUCGCAGUAGUGCGUCCCCCCGGACACCACGCGGAGCCCAACCAGGCGAUGGGCUUCUGCUUCUUCAACAAUGUGGCUGUGGCCGCCCGUAUCCUCCACACCAAGAUGCACUUGCAGAGGAUUCUCAUCGUGGACUGGGACGUGCACCACGGGAACGGCACGCAGCAGAUAUUCUACAACGACCCGCACGUGGUGUAUAUCUCCAUCCACCGACACGACGACGGCAACUUCUUCCCGGGCACGGGCGCGGCCACGGAAUGCGGCGCCGGCGCAGGUCUGGGCCGCACCGUCAACAUCGCGUGGCCGCGCGCCGCCGGCGCUGCGCACGCGCCGCUCGCCGACGCCGAGUACUUGGCCGCUUUCAGAUCCGUCGUCAUGCCUAUCGCUAAGGAGUUCGACCCGGAAAUAGUGUUGGUGUCGUGCGGGUUCGACGCGGCGGCCGGCCACCCCCCGCCCCUCGGCGGCUACCGUGUGUCCCCCGCCUGCUUCGCGCACAUGACCCGCGACCUCAUGCAACUCGCUAAUGGAAAGGUGGUGCUGUCGCUGGAAGGCGGAUACGACCUGCCGGCGAUGUGCGACUGCGCGCAGGAGUGCGUGCGCGCGCUGCUGGGCGAGCGCACGGCCGCGCCGGCGCUGGCGGAGCUGGCGCGCGCGCCGCUGCCGCACGCGCAGCACGCGCUGCGCACGGCCAUCGCCGUACACCAGCAUCACUGGCCCGAGUUAAAACGCUACAGUGAGCUGGUGUCGGUGUCUGCGCUGGAAGCGGCGCCGCUGUCUGGCGCGCGCUCGACGCUGGCCGCCAGCGAGCGGGACGCGGACACCGCAGCCGCCAUGGCCACCUUGUCUAUGCACCACCCCACUCCCGACAAUCUGCAGUCAGCGGAGAGCUCGCGCUCGGGGUCGGAGGAGCCGAUGGAGCAGGACGAGGGCAAGUGAGGUCACUGACCCCGUGACCUCGACCCCAGCGAUACAUUCCCCGCGACCGACUGCCAGCACUCGGAUCACUCGCGAGAUCACUCGGAUCACUCGCGAGAUCACUCGCAUCACUCGCGGAGCUCGGAGACGACACGAAACGCGUCCUGCCAAAUAUUCUCCCGAACGCGAUGUGCUAUAAUGUAUAUUACAUAAAAAAUACUAUUUCGUCGUAAUUCAUAAUGAAUUAGUGGAGGUGUAGCGAAUUGUAAUAGGUGGUAAAAUUAAGACAAAUCUUAAUUUCAAAGCUUUAAAUGAGAGUAGGAAAAUAAUUAUAUUAAAUAUGUACAAAAGAUAUUUAUAUUAUAUAUUUGAUUAAUGUUAAGUGUAACUAUGUAGCGACGCCCUCGCUUACCAAAGAUGUUCGAGCCUUCUUUGUCUGUUCACGUAUGUGUAUAUACGGAGUUUCUACCGCCCCAGGCGUUUUAUUGACAUUGAGAAGUUUAUAUUGUGGUUACAGGAGAGCAUCGCCCGAUGUUCUAUAUACUUGUGGUGCCCUCUAUUAUUGUCUAUGUGAUAAUUUAUAUAAAGCAAAGAUACUGACAGAUAGUGGUGUCGAGCAAAGACGUCCUUUGUAUGAUGUUAUAUGUAAAAUAUAUGUGGCGAGCCGCACGGUCCUAGUUCUGUAUUGUUACUGGUAUUGUAUUUUGUUGGCCGAAUACUUCAGAGUUAUCGCUCUUUUUGUGACGUUGAAAACGUAGAAACCGGCGCGAGGCUCUGUCCCCGCCGCUGAGCGCGGACGCGCGUUAUAUUUUUCUAUAUGGCUGUCUGUAUGUGUAUACGUACCGCUGCAACCGCGUACCUUCAGGAUUCGAUCCUCGUACGUUAAACAGAGUUAAAAAAAAUGUUGUGUCUUUGAAAAUUUUAUUGUUAAAUUGGAAUACAGAUGAAAGAAUUAUUUAAUAA